GCUCAGUUCGCUGGAUUCUCGUAUAAUGGGUCCAACAUGCCUAUCGGUUGAUAGGUCAUCUCAAAUUCUCUCAUUUGGUGGAUAUCUUACCUUGCACUUCGGACUGGAAUCAUGUAUUUGUUGUCGCCUCGCACGUACAUUCUGUAGUCACUGCUCAAUCAGCGUAUUUUGGAUAUUACUUAGUUCUGGACACUUUUUCUUGAUAAUAGGGGAUGACGACAGGGGUUAUUGUCCAAAUUGUGUCAUUGGUGCUUAGUCAAAUAACAGCAUCACGCGUGACCGUCGCACUGAGCUCAGUGCGACCAUUACUCAUGGCCACUGUCGCUCAUCACAUUCGUUCAGACUAUGAUCCUGCAGAUAGAGAGCGGCUAGAGGAGGAGACGGGUCAGAUUCCAAUAGACGAAGAGGAACAGUGGAACACAGCGCCAACUUUCUCUGCUGCUCGCCGCGCCCCACCUCCAUCCUUUGUUCCCGCGCGCAUCCAAUACGACGAGUGGGGUUCUGCUAUUUCGCUUACCCAUGCAGAAUCUUUGAAUGCGCCUGCUCCAGAUAGCAGGACCUCUGAGUGGUACAGAGCUUUGACAAGAGAUAGCUCGGGGAACCAACCACCAGCCAGACCGUCAAGCACACCUACUAGUGAAGCUCCCAAGCUAAAGAAGGAGGCUACCACCAAGAACAAUUGGUUCAUAAAAAGAGCCCUUCAGUCUGAACCAACUAGCAAACCUAGUUCUCCCGCGCCAUCGUUGGCAGACCUCCUUGCACGAGAUCCACCACCAUUACCUUCGGAGGAACGUUUUGUUCCUCCAGUCUGGUUGGCAAUAGGGCCAUCCAAUAAAGGCUUUAACCUACUGCAGAAGCGUGGCUGGAAUGAAGGAGAGGGGCUUGGUGCACAUGUCGCUCGAUCUCGGCGCCCCCGAUCACCAGCACACAUGUUUAAUGACGCUGAGCCAAUAUCGCAUGCACCAUCCUUGCGGGGGACGAGUAUGCCAGCUGGCGACCAGAAAUCUCGAGACAUCCUACUACCCGACGUCGUCAUCGAUCUCACCCAAUCCGAGUCAGAAGACGAAGACGACCUUGAAUCGUUCCACCAAUCUCCUUUUCUUCCGAGUACCACAUCUGACCCGCACUCCCAAAAAUCGUUAUUGACGCCUAUUCCGACGAUACUCAAAUCUGACCGCCUCGGGAUUGGUUUGAAGGCGAAAACGGAGGGCCCGUAUAAGCAGUCGAGGAAGCGGGUUACUCAUAACCAAGCGGCGUUGGCUUCGCACAUCAGAGCCGCUGAGGAGCUGCGAAGGAAGAGGGCUGAGGUCGGUCGAGGUCGACGAGGAUUUGCAAAGGUACGAAAGCGCGAAGAGAACGAAAGGAAACACAUGCUCGCGUAUCUUAAUGAAUAGCUCCCUCCCACCCGCAACACACCUCGGACUCCAUUAGCUUAAUAGACGUGAAUUGCGUGAAAACUACCAACUACAUACACACGAACAAUGUUUUCAUAAGUGAAAGCCUUUCGUUACAUACAUAAUGUCGUUGCGUGC